CCUAUGACAAGCAGCAGGAGGUGAACGUAUCUUUCCAUAUCAAGGACAGAGACACUUUGAGGAAGAUUGACAGCACCCUGACAGUCGUGCUGUAUAACUGCUCGGUGGGAAGAGAGGACUGCAGUCUGUGUAAACACGCUGAAGCUCAGUACCGGUGCGUUUGGUGCUCCGCCUCACGCAGCUGCGUUUACCGGCAGCUCUGCCCGUCACCACAGCCGGCUCAGUGCCCCCACCCGGAGAUCACAGACAUCAUCCCUCGCUUCGGCCCUCUGAACGGUCGGAUCUCGGUCACCAUCAAAGGCUCCAACAUGGGAAUAAAGAGGGAAGACAUCAAGAAGAUCACGGUGGCCGGCGUGGACUGCGUCCACCAGGAGGACCGGUACUCCGUCUCCACCAGUGUGGUGUGUGAGAUCGGACCGGCGAGGCGGAUUCCUCCGGUGGACGUCCCAUUAGAGCCCUCCAGCAGUGGAGCCGUGGAGAUAGAAGUAGAGGGAGGAAGAAGAGGGAAGUCUCAGGUGGUCUUCACCUACCGGGACCCCAAACCACAGUCCGUCGACCCAGCGAAGGGUCCGGCCGCCGGAGGAACCGUGAUCACCAUCGCUGGAGAACACCUGGACACCGCAACCAAAGACGACGUGUCCGUCAGUGUGGGGGGGGUUCCCUGUGAAGUCGUGACGUUCGGCUUGAAUAUCACCUGCAAGACCGGCAAGUACCGCGGGCAGAAGGUGCCCUCCGACCAGUUAGCGGUGACGGUGAAGUACGGUAAAAACACCACCAAGGACGUCUUGGCUGCGUACCAGUACUCUGAAAACCCCAAGAUCACGGAUUACAACCCAAAGGGCAGCUUCUUAUGCGGUGGUCGCAGGAUCAUGGUGGUGGGAAGCGGUUUUGAUCUGAUCCAGAGAGCCAGUAUGAAGGUCCUGCCCCUCCCCGACGAGUUCUCACAGAACACCACACCUGUAGAGGUAAGAAAGGGAUAAAAACUAGCAUUCAAAAUGUUUGUUGAAAACCUCUUUUUCACAAUAAACGCUGUCAUCAGCUUGGUUUUUGGCCGUCGCCAUCUUGUUUGUUUUCAACCAGAAGUGACACGAGAGGAAGGAGCAACCGUAGGCGUCCAAAAUGUUACAAUUAACUUUCAUGAGGUGAAAACACUGUGAAAGAGUUAAAGUUGUGAGACAAAAACA